AUGGAGGCUCCCCUCCCGGGCAGCCUGUCCCCCUGCGACGGUCCUCGAGUCCUCGAGAGGCUGCCGGGCCCGGCCCCCGGGGAGGACAUCGAUGGCGGGCCCGAGGCUGCUGAGGGAGAAGGGGACAUCUUCCGUUCCACGCAUUAUCUACCUGUCGCCAAGGAGGGUUCCCAGGACGCUCUAGAUGGCAGAGGUGGCGUGUCUGAUGGGCGGCCUCAUGCUGGCCUCAGAGAAGCCCUUCCCCACGCCACCUCCGCCACCCGUCGGAUCAGCAGUGGCUGCUUUGAUGGAGACAGCCUGGACUUCCGGCCGGGCUCCCCGCCCCCCUGCCUCUUCCCCGGGCCCCCCGACGGCCUGGGACCCUGGGAGCCCCCCCUGGUUCAGGGGGCCGGGGAGGGCGACCCAUCUGAGCGGAGGUUCGAAGACUCGGUCAUCGUGAGAACCCUGAACCCCCACCACGCCCAGGGCUCUAGAAGGUUCUUACUUCACCAGGGUGAACUGAAGGUCUGGGAGAAACCCCCCCGGGGUCGCCCCUCAUUCACCUGGUUCCAAGAGACGGACGAUCAGGGUCCCCAGAGAGAGCUGGGGUCCCGCGGGGACUUGUCAGCCUUCAGGAGGGUGAUCAUGCCGCUGGGUGACCUUCCCAAGGUGUCGGGCAUGGACGUGGCCGGCCGCAGGGGCCACCCGGAGGACGUGGAGGGCCUGAGCCGGCCCUCUGAGUGGUUCCUUCCCGCCUCAGCCUCCGAGGUGGCCACGCAGACGUGGACGGUGAACGCCGAGGCGUCCGUGGAGCGUCUGCAGCCAGCGCCGUCCCCGCUGCCCACGGGCACCUACCUGGGCGAGCUGCUGGAGGAGGUGGCCGGGGCGGGGGCCAGCCCGGGUGGCCAUGGGGAGGAGGACGAGGACGAGGAGGAGGACGAGGAGGAGGAGGAGGAGGAAGACGAGCCCGCCGUGUUCCCCUGCGUGGAGUGUAACAUCUACUUCAGGCACAAGGCCCAUCUCUUGGAGCACAUGAAUCAGCACCGGCAGGCCCCGGGCCACGAGCCCCGCGCCGGGCCGGCCCCGCUGGCCUGCGGGGAGUGCGGCUGGCCGUUCGCCGACCCCGCCGCCCUGGAGCAGCACCGCCAGCGGCACCAGGCCUCCCGGGAGAAGAUCAUCGAGGAGAUCCAGAAGCUAAAGCGCUGCCCGGGCGAGGGCCAGGGGCGCCCGGCACGCUGGCAGCGUCCCGCCUGCGUCUUCGGGACCAAUCCCUCCGGGGCGUUCGUGCCACCGCCGGGCCUGCCCCUCGAGGGGGCAGCUGGGGGUCACAGCAGAGCCGGGAGCCCCAUCCCCGAGGCCGCCGCCUCCGAUCUCAGAGCCUGCCUCUCCUGUGGCUUCCUGGCACCCAGUGAGGGCCUGCUCAGGGAGCAUGCGCGCUUGGCACACGGCGGUCCCCAGUGGGAGGCCUUCCCGGAGGACCUGGCCAGCCAGCCGGGCACUAGCCAGGGUGUGUAUGCCCGCUCCCCCGACGUGGCCACGGUGGACUACUUUGGCAGGGCCGAGCCGCUCCUGGCUCCCAUGUGGCGGGAGGAGAACUCCGCUGGAUGUCCAGACAGCCAGCAGAUGGACAUCGCCAGGAACUUUCCAGUGUCAGAGCCGCUGCUUCACCACUCCAGCCCGGGGCCUCUCAGAAGGCUGGCCUUUCCCACUGCCCCGGCCUCGGCCCCCUAUACCAUACAGCUUGGUGGAAACAAACGCCGGCGGUACCCUUGGAGCGAAGAGGAGGAGGAGGAGGAGGAGGAGGAGGAGGAGGAGGAGGAAGAGGAAGAAGAGGAGGAGGAAGAGGAAGAGGAUGUAGCAUUGACUUCUGAAAUGGAUGUUGCCCCUGAACGUGGAGGCCUGCCACCCCCGGCUGCCCGCGGCCUCCUCCCCGAGCCAGCCUUACGUCUGAAGCGAACGUUCCAAGAGGCCCUGCGGAGCGCACAGGCGUCCCGGGCACAGCGGGAGCAGCUCCGAGGCAUGGUGCCCCUCGUCCUGCUGGCAAAGCUCGGGCCGCAGCUCAUGACCGCGGCCGCCGGGGGGUCCCCAAGGCUGCAGCCGGAGGAGCUGGCGCUGGACCUGGAGGCCACCCACCCCUUGGAUUUCCUGCUCCUGGAUGCGCCCAUCGGCAGCCCACUGGGGCUGGAUAGGCUUCUUGGGGGGGACCCCCUUGGUGGACUGAAACCCGAAGAUCGCAAGUGCCCGUACUGUCCGGACCGCUUCCACAACGGCAUUGGGCUGGCCAAUCACGUCCGUGGCCACCUGAACCGCCUGGGCGUCAGCUACAACGUGCGCCACUUCAUCUCCGCCGAGGAGGUGAAGGCCAUCGAGCGGCGGUUCUCCUUCCAGAAGAAAAAGAAAAAAGUGGCCAACUUCGACCCCGGCACUUUCAGCCUCAUGCGCUGUGAUUUCUGCGGGGCUGGCUUCGACACGCGGGCGGGCCUCUCCAGCCACGCCCGCGCCCACUUGCGGGACUUCGGCAUCACCAACUGGGAGCUCACCGUGUCACCCAUCAACAUCCUGCAGGAGCUGCUGGCCACCUCGGCUGCUGAGCUGCCCCCCAGCCCCUUGGGCCGGGAGCCCACGGGGCCACCGGGCGGCUUCCUGACGCCCCGCCGGCCUCGCUUACCUCUUACCUUGCCCUUCCCGCCCAUCUGGGCCGAGGACCCAGGGCCGGCCUAUGGAGAUGGCCUGGGUCCUGAGGAAAGCACAAUGGUGGCUAUGGACUUGGGGUCCUCCCCCCUCCCCAAGAAGAGCCCAACUGUCCCUGGGGCCCUGGAGCAGGUGGCCAAUCGGCUGAGCAGCAAGGUGGCCGCAGAGGUUCCUCAGGGCAGCAAACAGGAGCUGCCGGACCUCAAGGCCCAGAGCCUGACCACCUGCGAGGUCUGCGGCGCCUGCUUCGAGACCCGCAAGGGUCUGUCCAGCCACGCGCGGUCCCACCUGCGGCAGCUGGGGGUGGCAGAGUCAGAGAGCAGCGGCGCCCCCAUCGACCUCCUCUAUGAGCUGGUGAAGCAGAAGGGCCUGCCGGACGCCGCCCUCGGACUGCCCCACGGCCUGGCCAAGAAAAACAACUCCCCAAAGGAUCUGCUCACGGGAGCCUCGAGGCCCGGCCUGCUCUCCCUGGCCAAGCCCCUGGACGCUCCAGCCAUCAACAAAGCCAUCAAGUCGCCUCCGGGGUUCUCAGCUAAGGGCCUGGCCCACCCUCCCACCUCGCCACUCCUCAAGAAGGCCCCCCUGGCCCUGCCGGGCUCCACGGCCCCCAAGAAUCCCGAGGACAGGAGUCCCCAGCUGUCCCUGAGUCCCCGGCCGCUCUCCCCCAAGGCCCAGUGGCCCCAGUCUGAGGAUGAGGGGCCCCUGAACCUCACUUUAGAUAGUGACGGGGGCAGAGAGCUGGACUGCCAGCUGUGUGGUGCCUGGUUUGAGACCCGAAAGGGCCUGUCCAGCCACGCGCGCGCCCACCUGCGCCACCUGGGCGUCAGCGACCCGGAUGCCAAGGGAUCCCCCAUAGACGUGCUCUACGGGCUCAUCAGGAGGGACGGCGUCCAGAUCCGCCUCCCACCCGGGCGCGGAGUCCUGGCCCCGCUGGGGCGGCCUCCUGCCACCUCCGAGGCCCUCUCCUUGCUCCCCCCCCCACCGCCGGCCAAGAAGGCCAAGCUGAAGGCCGCGGGUAUGGCCAACCCCUGGGGGAAGCAGGACCUCUCGGCCGCCGGCAUUUUCUGGGCCUCUGAUGUGGAGCCAUCUCCUCUCAACCUCUCGUCCGGGCCGGAGCCUGCACGGGACAUCCGAUGCGAGUUCUGCGGUGAGUUCUUCGAGAACCGCAAGGGCCUGUCCAGCCACGCGCGCUCGCACCUGCGGCAGAUGGGCAUCACCGAGUGGUACGUCAAUGGCUCACCCAUCGACACGCUGCGGGAGAUCCUGAAGAGACGGACCCAGUGUCGGCCGGGCGGCCAUCCCCACCCGCCAGGGCCGAGCCCCAAAGCCCUGGCCAAGAUGGUGGGCAGCGGGGGCCCUGGCAGCUCGCUGGACGCCCGCAGUCCCUCGGACCUUCACAUCUCGCCCCUGGCCAAGAAGCUGCCGCCGCCGCCGGGAAGCCCCUUGGGCCACUCACCAACUGCCUCCCCUCCCACGGCCCGGAAGAUGUUUCCAGGCCUGGCAGCACCCUCCCUGCACAAGAAGCUGAAGCCGGAACAGAUGCGGGUGGAGAUCAAGCGGGAGAUGAUGCCAGGGACCCUUCAUGGGGAGCCACACCCCUCCGAGGGCCCCUGGGGGGUGCCACGGGAAGACAUGGCACCCUUGAACCUGUCGUCGCGAGCCGAGCCUGUGCGGGACAUCCGCUGCGAGUUCUGCGGCGAGUUCUUCGAGAACCGCAAGGGCCUGUCCAGCCACGCGCGCUCGCACCUGCGGCAGAUGGGCGUCACCGAGUGGUCGGUCAACGGCUCGCCCAUCGACACGCUGCGGGAGAUCCUGAAGAAGAAGUCCAAGCUGUGCCUCAUCAAGAAAGAGCCCCCCGCGGGAGACCUGGCCCCCGCCCUGGCCGAGGACGGGCCCCUGGCCCUGCCGGGGCCCCUGCACUCCCCACUGCCCCUGUCGCCCCUGGCUGGCCGGCCCGGCAAACCGGGCGCCGGCCCCGCGCAGAUCCCGCGGGAGCUCAGCCUGACGCCCAUCACCGGCGCCAAGCCCUCGGCCGCCGGCUUCCUGGGCGCCGUGGCCGCCAAGCGCCCCCUGCAGGAGGACCGCCUCCUCCCGGCCGAGGUCAAGGCCAAGACCUACAUCCAGACGGAGCUGCCCUUCAAGGCCAAGACCCUCCACGAGAAGGCUUCCCACUCGUCCACCGAGGCCUGCUGCGAGCUGUGUGGCCUCUACUUCGAGAACCGCAAAGCGCUGGCCAGCCAUGCGCGGGCGCACCUGCGGCAGUUCGGCGUGACCGAGUGGUGCGUCAACGGCUCGCCCAUCGAGACGCUGAGCGAGUGGAUCAAGCACCGGCCCCAGAAGGUGGGCGCCUACCGCAGCUACAUCCAGGGCGGCCGCCCCUUCACCAAGAAGUUCCGCAGCGCCGGCCACGGCCGGGACGGCGAGAAGCGGCCGCCCCUGGGGCUGGCCCCGGGGGGCCUGGCCUUCGUGGGCCGCAGCGCCGGCGCUGAGCCGGGCCUGGACGCCGGCCGGGCCGCCGACAGCGGGGAGCGGCCCCUGGCGGCCAGCCCGCCGGGCACGGUGAAGUCGGAGGACCACCAGCGGCAGAACAUCAACAAAUUUGAGCGUCGACAAGCCCGUCCCCCAGAUGCCUCCGCGGCCCGAGGGGGUGAGGACCCCGGAGACCUGCAGCAGAAGCUGGAAGAGGUGCGGCAGCCCCCACCCCGCGUCCGGCCUGUCCCCUCCCUGGUGCCUCGGCCCCCCCAGACAUCACUCGUCAAGUUUGUGGGCAACAUCUACACCCUCAAGUGCAGGUUCUGUGAGGUGGAGUUCCAGGGACCCCUCUCCAUCCAGGAAGAGUGGGUACGGCACUUACAGCGGCACAUCCUGGAGAUGAAUUUCUCCAAAGUGGACCCCCCGCCUGAGGAGCCCCAGGCCCCGCAGGCACAGACAGCAGCAGCAGAGGCACCCUAACACAGAAGCAUUCCAGAUUCCCUCUGUCUACUUCUGCCUGUCCUCCUCCGUGUCUCCUUCCUUCUCUUCCCCCUUUCUUUUCCGUUUCCAAAGGAGCAAGCCAAAACCUCAAACCGGUGCCCCUCAGGGGCUGGGCACACUACAGCUGGGGUGCCGGGAGCCAGCUAGCCACCCUCCCCACACCCCUGGACUCUGGGCCGCAGGGUGUCUUCCUUCAGUCUACGGCCACCUGGCUGGGCCCGGGAGGGUAGCCAGGUCCUGGGGGGCAGCGUCUCGGUUCCCAGGAAAGGCCAGGGCUCCCAUGUCUAGCAGCCAGCUGGGGCUAGAGCUACACCCGUGGCCAUUUGCAAAGACCCCAAAGACCCCUGUUGUGUUUCCCUCCGGCAAUCAUGACGAUUCUGUGACACUCCCCCCCCCCCCCCCCAUGCAAUCAUGCACACAGGCACCUCGGGAGACCCGGGAUCUGCCCCAGCCCCCCAGGUCCUGAGUCGAGCCUCCACACCCCGCCACGGUGCUUGCUCAGGGGAAGCUCUCCCUCUGCGGGCCCCCACUGAGCCCACGAUGCCACGGAAAUCCUCGUUGGCCGCCCCCCCAAAGGGUCCUUCCUGCUGGGAAGAGCUCUGAGCUGACAGCUGCCUCCUGCCCUGUCCAGGCCCCGAGCCUCAGGGGCUCCGGGCCGGGAGGGCGGGGUGAGGGGCGGGACAGUCCCCCCUCCUGCCCCGCCCCCCCCACCCCUUUCACUGUUGCUUUCUAUGUAUAGCUCUCUAGACCUCUCACUUUUUUAAAGACGCGUUUUGUGUAGAGAAUAAGGAACGUGGAUCUUUUUAUUUUGCAGUCCUGGGCCAGCUAGAUACCGGGAGCUGAUUGACCUUUUAACUUUUCUCAGUGGCCACCUUUUGGUUAUUGAUGUACCUAGAAGUAUGUAAAUUAGAUUAAAUUUCUCUUCUGGAAACA